CAAAUAGAUUCAGUUUGAAAUCAACCUUUCUUUGAAACUAGAUACCAGCCUCCAUCAUGAGCAAAUUAGACGACCUGCUUGGAAAAAAGAAAACAAUUGUCCCGGUACUGGACCUAAGCAAAACCGUAGCCCAGUCCAAAGAGGAAUUCAAACGCCUCAUGGAGAAGGUUCCCGACUAUAAAAUGCGUCCGAUAAAAGUGCGGAGUGAAGAGAUUAAAAUCAAGGAAAAGGACUAUUCCUUCAAAACGCCACGAAAGGAAGUGAAAAAACUCUUGAAGUUAAACGGAGAACCCGAGCCACCGUACACCUACUUGGAUCCUGUCCCUGCUGAAAUGAGAUCUGUAGUCAUCAUGGACCUGAGCUCUGUCCCUAUUGAUUGGAAGAUGUUAACAACACUUCGACCGAAAACAAAGCAGGAGGAGGAAUACUUCAGUCGCCUUGUUGAAAUGGGAAAAAUGCAAUUGAAAACUGAAAUGCGGGACAAGAGGGAGUAUCAACUCAACCCGGGGAUAAGAAAGGUCAAGAACAAAUCGGGAAUUAUCGAAACGCGCUUGAUUGCUUGUCCAGAAUGUGGAGUGGAAAUGUGUCCAGGACGAAUAUGCACCGAUUACAACUAUGACUUAUAUGUGCGAAUCGAAAUGAAGCCACCGAAGGCAAAGCCGUCCAAGCAAAACACAACCAACAAACAUGGAUUCAAUAGCCGGAAUAAGGGAGUCUCCAAUGGACCAGGUGGAGCAAGUGGAAAGGGUAUCAAGGCGCGUAAAAUAAGGAAGCGUAGCAAGAGUCCUGAAAAGAAAUCGAAAUAAUCAUUAUCCUAGGAAUAAUUGGAUUGAAAAUCGAUACGUUAAUCAAGGGAUUUCUUUCCAUUUGCACUGCCAAUUUGUUGUACUUCGACGCACAGUAAAUUCAGAAUCUUUGGAAAAAUAAUUAAUGUAAAAAUUAUUAAAGGAGAUAUCGGUUUGAUUUCAAAAUAAAUGAAGUCGGAAUCCAA